CAAGUAACACAUCGCCAUGCCAGACUCAUGAAAACGCCGCGCAAGAAUUGUGAGGGUGAAUAGCUGUGGUACAGCUGAACUCAUUCGCAAACAAGCACCGUUGCCCGGUGAAGUGAAUAGUUCAUCUCUUUCAGGAUGGUCUGAACCACUGGCUGAGUAUGCUGAUAGGAUGUUCGAGUGUUGGUAUGCCAUUGAACCUUUUGGUGAUUAAAAGUGUAAUUCGAGUAUGCCGUUACAAGUGCUUCGCCCCUUGGUUACAAGGUCAAACCGCCGUCAUACCAUCACUUGUUGUCCAUACCGCCACCGCAGCAAGUUAAUUGUUGGGCAGCUAAUUGAAACUGCAAUCGCAUAGUGCCAGUAAGUGAUUUAGGGGCCCUGACCUCUGUGAAUAUUUGGUCGAACACGAUGGCUUCAGUGGUGUUGGAAAAUGUUCCCCAUGUCCAGUGCAUAGCAGGUAUGUGCGGUCCGCAGAGCUCAGUGCCGCCUGAAGUAAUUUAUAAAACCUAGAUUCCCAAGUCAAGUAAGGCCUUUGCAUCCUGAAGCCUCACUGGCCACCUGUUAGUUUGCAAUUCAUGGAGCUGGACAUUCUCUUUUGUCGUUGAAGCGACUCGGUAUCAUAUUCAUAUUCAUCACACCACAAUAUGCCUCGUAAUUGACCGUUGGGAAGGCCCAUUGAUUCCGUGGCGUCUAAGGAAUACCCUAUUAUACAUUCCUCUUUCGCCUUUCCUUCCAUCUAAUCUUUCUUCAAGGGCAAGAAAGUCUCCUCAAUACCGUCUGCUGUGAUGAUAAGCAUUUGAAGGUUAUCACCAACCUCAAUGUGACGCUCCACCGCACCAUCGAAGGCAUCCUUGACGACAGUCUCGACCUCUGUUCGUGUGAGAGGACGUCGCUCCCGCUCCUUCAAUUCAUGGCCUUCUCCGCUUCCGGGAAUAUACUGGUUCUUGAAGUUGACCUGGUUGUCCAGGAAAGGCAUGAUCAGACUGCCCGCAGCACCGCCUGCUCGGCACUGUUCCCGUUCAUAGCUCCCCACGGGAUCAUAUGAGUACACAGCGCCUCUGCCCUCCUCAUCCAGACCGCCGAGCAUCGCAUGCGAGUAGUAGGGGAAGAAUCGCUUCGAGUAGAGAACGGUAGAGAGGCGUUUGGCACAAGCAUUGACAGUCAUGGGCUUGCCGUGGCGAUAACGGUAGAUCUUGCAGAUGGUGUCGAGGUGGUCGCGGAGGGCCUCACCGUCAGCAGCGAAGCCGACAACAGAUAGGACUAGUGUAGCAUCCUCCUGGGAGGCAGUGGUGCCUCCGAUUCGGAAGACCUUGGGGGACAUGCGAGAGUUGAUGCUAUAACCGCUGGUGUGGCGGGUGUCACCAGCCAUGAUGGUAAAGUCUGCGCCAGCAAUGGCAAGAGUCGAACCGCCAUUAUCGGUGUAGCUUGGAUCAGUUAGCUGUAAGCCGUGGAGGUGCAUACGUGAGGUAUCUCACGGGUUAAAUCGAUGUUCUCGAAACUCGCCGCUGUUGGUCUUGGGGGCAUCGGAGAAUGAAUAGUUGGGCCCAUUCAUCAAAGGGUUCUGGCUGAACAUGGCAGCCAUGAUUGCGGUCUAUAUGAAGGAAAGUCCAAGUAAGAGCUGUGUGAUAUUUCUCGAUGCGCAGAGAUGAUGGAGUUUGGAGUUGCUGAUUGAUGAUGUGAUCUGGUGUUGCCUUGUCACUGACGAUCGAGCUGAGGUUCAGACGCACGCGUCAAGCUUGUAGCCUUGCCCACCUACUGGUAACCUGCAGAGCUGGGGUAGCUACGAUGACUAAGCGCGCAGACUGACAGGGGUUCACCUCCUAAAGUUCACCUAACAACCAUCGUCAUUUUGAAGGUCUUGUUUCGGAAACAAAUUUGUUGACUUGGUUCUUGUCGGUGUUUGUUUCGAAUUGCCUAUGCUUUGAAGCGGCCGCACUGCCUACGCACCAAAGAUGAUAGGCGACAUUCGCUCCAAGGCGCUCCAGAAGAUAGCUUCGCUAUCUGCGUCUAGCUCUACAACAUCCUUCGACCGAUCCGAUCUUGACCGGUUAUGUAGGGCCUGCCACGCCGGCGCGAAGAGCAAGGACUAUGUCAAUGGCUAUCAGAAUAAGAGCUCGCUAGGCCGAGUGCCUAUGUCUAUUCGCGAAUUCGAGGUCUUGAUCGCAUUAUGCAAGACAGCACCGAAAAUCAAAUCGAGCCAGAGCGCCCAGCGACUCUCGUACCAGCUGUUCCCGUAUAUUCUUGAAGCACAUAUACAGGUUUUCCUUCCUUCGCCAUUCUUCCGAAAGAUCGACCCGUCCCCGACCGAGGCUCUAGCCUUUCAUGUGACAGGGGCCCUGUUGGCACUUGGCAUCAACUACGAUGAGCUUCAGGAGAAUGUGACCGAUAAGAUCUGGGCCUUCGUGAACUCUUGCAGACGAGCUACCGAGAGCAUCAUCUCACCUCAAGCAGAGGAUCCUGAGAAUCCUCACCUGGAGGAUGCAAUUCGAACUGUGACAAUUGCCGUGGCUCUGCUGGGAUUUUUGGAUGCGGCAGCCGCUCAGGCCGACUUCUGGAGAUCUGGCGGUCGACUAGCCAUGAUCAAGAAAAUUAGAGAAUUGCUUUCUGAGCCUUUCCUUAUCGCUGUGGAAACAGCACUGUCCACCAUUCGCAAUUGUCAUAGCCAGGAUCGCGAGGUUAAAGAAUGGAAGAGAUACCUGCGCCACUAUGCCUCCUCUGGACGGCCUCUCGGAGCUAUGCUUCUGCAUCGCAGCUUCGCUCACCUUAUUGUCUCCAGCACUUCGCUGAUGGUAAAGGACCCUCGUUCUCUGCGAGAGUCUCACGUGCUGGAUAUCUACAUUGCCCAGGGUGAAGAUCUUUGUAACAUCGCGUCCUCUACGCUCGAAGCAGACCUCAAGACGGUUGAGGAAUAUGCUGCCUUGGCCAUUGAGGAGAUCCAGUACAUCGAAGGUGGUGCGGACUUCAUCCGUAUGGGAUCUCCUGACCAGCAGAGUCUCGCUUACGCUGUGAAGGCUGCGGCGCUCAUUUCCUACUUGAACUGCGCUCUGCUCAAUGAAGAUGCUGCUGAUACAGAGAUUCUCAUGAACUGGCUUCAGGAAUCCCUGGAUGACUCUGUUCAGAUGGCUGACCCUACUCUUGCAUCGGUCACGUUGCGAUGUUUGGCCCUCAUCUGUCAGAUCUCACCAUCCUUCUCGUCCAAUGUCAGCCGCAUCCUCCCUAGGUUCAUCGUUCAGGAUGCCCCACAGAAAGAUAUCGUCACUAUAGCUUCCAAUAGCUUGGCCUAUGCUCUCAAAAUGCUCUCGAAGGAUGCUGUCAUCGGCACAUUGUAUACCCUAGGCAACGUACUCAGCCCUGGGUCGGACCAGGCGUUUGUGAAGGAUCAGAUUGAUGGAACGGCAAGUGAAACAGGACUUAAUGCCAUUUAUACCAAUCGUCGGUCCAUUGGGAGCUCGAUUUCACUACAGAUGUAUGGCGAGGAGGAGACUGCGAUCGUUUCUGGCAAUGUCGUGCAAACCAUUUGUGGAAUUGCUGCUGCUUUCAAGGAUGAGAAAAUUACCGCACUGGCUCAGUCUAUGCUUCAACAGAAGCUCGAAAAGGUCAAUACAGGCGUGGAUGCCCGGAUUAUCAGUGGAGCAGCAGCUCUGGCUCUCGAGGGCGGACAACUCGAGUUUCGCUCUUUGCUCAAGUUGUUUAGUAAAUUGUGCCAUACUGGGGUUGUCGAAAACCAGCUGUUCCUACUGGAAGCGGUGAGAAAUGCUCGCACUUUCAUUUCUGCCAACCUACGACGUGACUCGCAGUUGUUUGGUAUCUACUUCGAACACCUGCUUGACAGCAUCAUCGGACUUGGUGAUGUUCACUCGUUCGGACAUACUAAGGAAUCUGACGUACAAAUGGCUGCAAAGGAGAUCGCGGAACUUCUUCACCCGCUGGCAAUCUUUAUGUCCACGAACGAUUUUGCUUUUGAGCCCAUUGCCGAUGACGAGACGUAUUCUCUUCUUCGAGACGCUUGGUUCAACAUCGUGGUUCAUGGCUUUACAACCAACACAGAUCGAGGCAAACAGUAUAUGAGAGAAUUGCGCCUAAUUGCUAUCCACUCCCCACCUCUUGUGGCUGAGCAGCGAGGCGAGCAGGUCGAAAGUGAUAUCGAGCUUAAUACUGUUUUACGACGUGGUAUGAGUAACGAUAGAGAGUCUCUGCAGAAGAAGCUUAUGAGUGAUCUUGUACCCUCCAAGUCCAAUGAGAUUAGGAGCCUCAGCUAUCGCAAGGUGAUCUUCUUACAAGCAGCUUAUUUGAUGGAAAUUCUUCGAGCCGACUCAGGUGAUUGCACCAAGGUUCUUUCCUAUUUCCUGGAACCGAGCAUGGCCAAGGGAGAGCUGAGCAGCGCCAUGGAGGGUGUUGCAGCUGCUGUCAUGGAUAAGUAUAUUCAAAAGACUCAAAGCGGCACCGAACCAACCUUUUCUGCCCAGUACGCGGCCGAACAGCUCGCUACCAUCUUCUGUAGCUGCUGCCAUCGUAUCGAACGAGUCCAACAAGCCGCCUUUGUUUGCGCAGAUCGCUUCCUCCGUGAAAUUCCUUCAGCCCUUUGCUAUAGGUCAUCACUCUUCGCACUGAUCGAACUGCUCUCGCUUAUGUGGUCUAGCUGCUUGGAAGCCGAGACAGAUGUUUAUGCUCCCAGGUCUACUUUUACGUCAGAACUUGGCGGAGUGACUGUGCAGCUUUCAGAUGACUACGAUUUUCGAAGAUGGACAGUAGAUAUCCUCAACCGCAAGGCCAGGGUAUGGGUCAAUUCUGCCAUCAAUCUCUCUCCUCUCGAUGUCAAGGGAAUUCUGCAGACAUAUCUGUCGGAGUUCAGUGACGAAGGCGCUUACGGCCACGUCUCUUUGGGAAGGUCUUUUGCUCUUGAGCUUGGAUCAGUUAUUCCAUCAACAGACAAUCGUCUCCAAUCCAUGGACAAGAUUGGCAACUCGAGUGUCAACACAGCCUCUGCCUUCGUUGCGCAGUACACAACUCGCCAAGAAUAUCGGUACGGCGAGACGCUUCCGGAUCGCGGUACAGAACUUAUGAGCUUCAUGAAUCACAACCGUCGCUUGUCAUUUGUGCAGUCGUCUGUGAAGGAGAGUGCCAAUGCCACUACUGCACUCGCUCAUAUCGAGGCAAGAAUUCACAGCAAGAAGAGUACAUCAAUCACUGAAGUCCGGGAUAUUCUUCGUAGGGCAGCAGCACUUCUUUGCCGCACGAGCAAUGAUGAAGCCGCUAUUGCUCAUCACCUUGUGAGCAUUCCAUUCGCCCUAUUCACCAAGCAAUCCAUCAACUUGGGUGUUUCCCUGUGGCUAGGUGUGAUCAACGAGAACCCAAGACAGGAGUCGAGACUGCUGAAUGAGAUCGUCCAGCAGUGGGAGUUCUCUCUUACCCGAAAGGUCGGCCUUUUCAGUCCAACACUGAAUCAUGUUGACCCCUUCUUUUUGAAAGAAGAAUUUGCACCCAGCGAAUUGGAAGCUCUAGCCAAGAAGAAGCAGAUUGUGCAUGACAUUCUCUCUCCCCACACUCGACUGCUCCAAUUCUUUGCCAGCCAUUAUAAUGCUACCAGGCUCGGUAGCCCUGACAUCCAGAAGGUGUUCCUCCGGAUGAUUGAUCUUACACUGGAGGCAAUGAAGCAAUCUGCAACUCAUCCAAUGGCCAGAGAGAUUCGAUUCCAAAUCGUCUUAUUUGGUCUGCGCAUCCUACGCUCCAGCACCACUCUCAAGCCUGCAGCACAGUGGAGGCUCAAGGAGCGACUUCUUACGGCUGGCCUGUCUUGGUUCAGGUCUGCGCCCAAGUGGUCUUUUGGCAGUAACUUAUUGCAGAUGAAGACCGAGAUCCGUCUUAUCUCUGAUGUCUUGGCGGCCCUCCAACAGGUCUCUUUUAUAGGCGCCCAGACUGUCGGCAAUGUCAAAUCUCUGCAGUCCAAAGAGCAGCUGCUCGAUCUCCUUCUCAGAAAUGAACAACUGCGCCUAAUUGUCUGGGUAAACCCACUCAACAAUUCGAGCAAUCAGGCACUGACCCCAACUGCCGGCAAGGCACCGACCGAAGCUGCACUCUUACCACUCAUUAGGACUGCAUGGUGGCAGGACCCAGCUAUUGCCAUUGAACUCGCAACUAGGUUUCCAUUCCCUCGCCUGCAGCGCGACAUCAGGUUCUUGCUUCUCACCAUGCCUGAAAAGGCCAUUUUCGAGCCUGAGGCUCUGCACCUGAUCUUUGAGGGAUUUCUCCCCGAUGAUGUUGCUUCACAACAACUCAAGUAUUUAUUGUACUGGGAGCCUGUGAACCCGGUAACAGCCGUUACCAUGUUCUUGCCUGCCUACCAGUCGCACCCUUUCAUUAUUCAGUACGCCAUGCGUGCGCUGGAAAGCCAUUCUGUCGACGUAACAUUCUUUUAUGUUCCCCAAAUUGUCCAGUCUCUCCGCUACGAUAGCCUUGGAUAUGUCAAGCGCUAUAUCCUUGAAACAGCACAGUUUUCCCAGCUGUUCGCUCACCAGAUUAUCUGGAACAUGAAGGCCAAUUCGUACAAGGACGAUGACGCUCAGAUCCCUGACGAAAUCAAGCCAACUCUCGACACGGUCAUGACUCAGAUGGUUGACGGUUUUGCCGCUGAGGACCGCGACUUUUAUGAGAAAGAGUUUUCUUUCUUUGACGAAGUCACUGACAUUUCUGGAAAGCUUAAGCCCUUUAUCAAGAAGUCGAAACCGGAGAAGAAGCAAAAGAUUGAAGAAGAGCUGCGCAAAAUCAAAGUUGAGGUCGGCGUUUAUCUUCCUAGUAAUCCUGAUGGUGUUGUUAUCGGCAUUGAUCGUAAGUCUGGAAAGCCUCUACAGAGUCAUGCCAAGGCUCCGUACAUGGCAACAUUCCGUAUUCAGAAGAACAAAGGAGGCGUUUCUGAGGUGGAUGAGAUGAUGGAAGAGAAUGAUGGAGAAGAUCACGGAACACCAGAGAGGACUGUUGAAGUCUGGCAGUCGGCCAUUUUCAAGGUCGGCGAUGAUUGUCGACAGGACGUCCUGGCGCUGCAGAUGAUUGCAGCGUUCCGAGGCAUAUUCCACGAUGUCGGCCUGGAUGUCUACGUCUUCCCUUAUCGAGUUACUGCCACUGCCCCUGGUUGCGGUGUCAUCGACGUGCUGCCUAACUCGAUCUCACGAGAUAUGCUUGGUCGUGAGGCUGUCAAUGGUUUGUAUGACUACUUCAUCUCCAAAUACGGCAAUGAGAACUCGCUCCGAUUCCAGCGAGCCCGCAGCAACUUCGUCAAGUCUAUGGCUGCGUACUCAGUCAUUUCCUACUUAUUGCAAUUCAAGGACCGACACAAUGGCAACAUCAUGAUUGACGACGCAGGACACAUCCUACACAUUGAUUUCGGUUUCUGCUUUGAUAUCGCCCCAGGUGGUAUCAAAUUCGAGCGUGCCCCCUUCAAGCUCACAACCGAGAUGGUGGCGGUCAUGGGCGGUUCAAUGGAGCACCAGAGUUUCAAGGCCUUCGAGGAGCUCUGCGUGAAGGCUUUCCUGGCCAGUCGUCAGUAUUGCGAGAAGCUCAGCCAGAUCGUCUGGCUCAUGAUGGAUAGUGGGCUGCCCUGCUUCAAGCCUGAGAGUGUCAAGCAUUUCCGUGAGCGUUUUGUCCUUGACAAAAGCGAGCGCGACGCUGCCAACUUCAUGAAACAUCUCAUCAAGACCAGUUACUCGAGUCACAGCACAGGUAUCUAUGAUCAGUUCCAGCUUCUGACUAACGGCAUUCCCUAUUAGGGGAUGGCACAAGAGGAGGGUCAGUAAUGAAGACGUCUAGAGGUUUUUCUUUCUUUUUUCCCUUCUUUUUUUGUUAUUGUAACGCUUAUCUAGUCUUCCUUCCCGGCUCUUUAAAGAGAUAAUACAGAUAUGUAGUACAAUGGCUCCGCUUUCCAAAGCAACAAAGAUUUUUGCAAAAACGACUUAUGAUACCCCCACGAAACUGCUUCGCGCUUGAAUACGCUUCUAUAUACACCCGAGCUCUUUGGAUAUUAUUGCAAUGCCCUUUUAAAUCUCUGGUGACUAGUCUUUCCGUCUCCCAUACAAGCGGGGGAUUUAAUCCGCCUGGCCUCGGUGUGUUGUUGCACUUCGGGCUUAUUUCUGUUUUGCGGCAGACCCUUUGAGCAUGUGAGUCGGGGCAUUGUAACUAGUAUAAUCAACGUGGACAAAUGCUCGGUCAACGAUUGGCACAGAUUCGAGGAAGUAUGUCAGCACCUCGCUAAGAUCGUGACUGUCCUUGAGAGGUGUCGCAGCAGAAAGCACAAUAUCGACCUCGACGAAGAGUUUGUCACCAGCGUGAUAGGCGCGCAGAUUUUGAAUCUGACGAAUGGCAGUGGCGAAGCGCAUGGUCAAGUAUAGCAGCAGGUUUCGCUCGUCAGGCUGGGCGGAGAAGCCUGAAAGGUUACGGACGUGGUGUGCCGAGGUCUGACUCCAGUUGAAGAUGACAACAAGCGAGAGGAACAAGCCACCGACGGCAUCAAGCCACCAGAUUCGUCCAUAGUAGCCAACUAGGGCCAAUAUUAGAUGGAACCAGUGUUGAAGAUCACAUCCGUCUUUGCAUCCUCAGCCCUGUGGUUUGGUCAGAUACGGAGUACGAAUGUGGAUGGAUUCGCCGACUUACAAUGCUCUGACACUUGAGUUCUUGACGACACGACACCAGAUCCAGCAGGCACCCUUGAUGACGAUGGUAGAAACCAUGAUGGCAAUAGCUGGAAUGCCCAACUCAAGGAUAGCAUGCUCAGGGUCCAUGAGGCGAGAAAUACACUCGAGUCCCACUUGGCAGAAGGAUGUGAUCAUGAUGAUGGAAAAGACGAGGACGCCAAGUGGUUCGAGUCUUGCUACAUGUUAGCCCUUUUUCACUUGAAACACCACAAGCAAUAUGGCAACGACUGAGACUUACUUGCGGCGACCAACAGGAUAGCUAUACUGGUCUUGAUGACUGGACGAGAUGAGACGCGUAGUAAUCCAUACGAUGACCGUACUGAGGAAAUCAAGCACGGCAUCUACCAAGCUGGCCAGGACAGACAUUGAAGGGACUGAGACAAUGACAACGAGUUUUCCAGCGAGUAAAAUGGCAUUGGCAAUAAAGUUGACCCAGAUUGCCAAUGUCACGAUUGGGUCGUCGCUGUCAAUUUCAGCAUCCUCCAGCCAGGGUAACAAGGGCUUGGGGCCAUUGUCGUCUUCUUGGGUAACAGGUCGCGGAGGUUGCUCCUCGUCCUCGUCUUCGGAUUGAUCCUGACGCUGAAGAAGUGGCAAGUUCUCGGAGGAACGGAAUAUAUCUUGAGGCGUGCGAGUAGCAGGGAGUUUUGUAGUCGAAUUGCUAGCCUUGACGCUGACAGUGCCAUAGGAGCCUGGAGUGAUAGAUGCGGAUACAGGAGUUGAUCCGGUGAGAGGGGGGGAGUCGGAUGUGGUGGAGGGCUCUUCGUUGAUGGUAUCCGGGACGUCGAGUGGUCGGAAUGCAGAAGCUUCAAGCUCCGCUUGGUACUCAUUGAGGAGAUCGUGUGGGAUAGCGGAGUCGAGGAGAGCAUCGAUGUACAGAUAUUGCUGAAUCAACUCAUUUGUUCUCUCAUAGUACUCGCGCCUGGUGGGCUUGGUUAGCUGCUGCGCGAGGCCGAGGCGCGUAGUUGGUGGCGCCAUUAAGGACUCACAGUGGUUUGGACAUAGCAGCCAGCUCCUCCUCAGGCUUCCAGUAUUGCUCCCACCGAUAUCGAGGGUUGCUUCUACCAAUGAGUUUGGCACUGCGGUUCUGGGGGCCGUGGAGCAGUUGGGUGAGGCGACGCUCAUCAGCGAGCAGCCUGCCAAGCUCAUCAUGGUCGUGGCGAAGUAGUCCAGUCUCCUCAUCAUCAGGUCCCAUCCAGAAAGAGGGAGGGUGCGCGGGAACAGAACUGCUCAAGCUCUGUAUGCUCUGGUGAGAGCGACUGCGGAUGAGGGACUGGAGGGCGCCACUGCGCGUGCCCAGAGGGUUGUGGCUAUCCUCGUUUGAGAGGAGAGAAGGGCGCCGCAAUUGAGCAUGGCUACCAUGCUUUGAGGGAGUGCUUGGAGAGCUCAUUAUCGCAAUAGAUGUCACUUUUUCGCAGCGACUGGCGAGAGAAUGGGGUGCUUAGGAUGGAGGAGGCGCAAUUAUAUAUCGCGAAGAAAAAUAAGAUAAAACGUGUAACGAGUCGGGUUUGAAGUAUUGCCAGGGUUUUGAAGCGUAGAAACAAUUGCGACUAGGUAGGUAGGUGCCGUGCCUUAGUUUAGCAGUCAAAACGUUGUUUUUCCGA